UUUGUAUGUACAGUUGUGCAAAUUAGUUUCACAUUUAUAUGACCAUGAAAGCUCAAUAGAUACGUUGUAUCUAUGUUUGAAUCAAGCGCCUACUUACAGAACAUAAUUUUUUCCGUGGUUGGAGUGCUGUAAUUUUUUCAAAAUGGUUAUCGCAUCGCAGAUCUCGACGUUUUACGAGUUUAAAAAAGUCCUCGUUACUGGAGGCACUGGAUUUAUGGGUAAAGUGUUAAUAUGGAAGUUAUUACAAAGUUGUCCCGCAUUGGAUACCAUAUUUGUGUUGACGCGCUCUAAACAUGGUAAAUGUGCGAAAUCUCGAAAGGAAGAAUUAUUUAACUCGCCGAUUUUCAACAAUUUCAAAGAAAAUAAUCCUAAUAUACUCCAAAAAAUUGUAUUUGUAUCGGGAGAUGUUGGAGAAGAUAGAAUAGGACUGUCAGAGGUAGAUUAUGAUAUGUUGGUUAACGAAGUAUCCAUUGUAUUUCACAGUGCUGCUGUUUUGAAAAUGAAUUCCCCUUUACAAACUGCUGUUAAUGUAAAUACCGUUGGAACAAUCAGGAUGCUGGAUAUGGCCCAACAGAUGAAAAAAUUGGAGGCAUUUGUCUACGUUUCUACUGCAUAUUGUUGCUGUGAAAAUAACAUAGUUGAAGAGAGAAUUUAUGAUUCAAAGCACAAUCCUUCCGACAUAAUUAAUCUCAUUCAAUGGAUGGAUCCCAAGUUAUUGGAAACAAUAACACCGAAAUUAAUUGAUCCAUCACCCAACACAUAUGUUUAUACAAAACGGCUUACGGAAACUGUAUUGUCUGAUCGCGCGUCCAAAGUUCCCAUUAUAGUGGCAAGACCCAGUAUAGUGACGCCUGCUUUUAAGGAGCCCUUAUCGGGAUGGAAUGAUACGUUUAAUGGACCUGUGGGAUUUUUUGUGGCAGCAGGAAAGGGUGUACUCCGUACCACUAUGUUGAAAUCAGAUGCAAAAUCUGAAUCAAUACCAGUUGAUAUGGCAAUUAAUAGCAUUUUACUUUUACCUUGGGCAAAUCCGCGAGAAAAAUUACUGAGACAAAUUAGUGUGUACAACAUUUCACCAAAUUCACAGGAAAAUGUCACUUGGGCGUACAUAACAGAAUGCCUUAAAAAUACAAGUACAAAGUAUGCUUCUGAUACGAUUCUCUGGUAUCCGAAUUUCAACCCAAGCACCAAUAAUAUUUUUAUAUACGCGAUUAAAUGUAUUUUCCUGCAUUACUUACCAGCUUACCUAAUCGAUUUUGUUUUAUUGAUAAUUGGUCAAAAACCUUUCUUAGUUCGGGUUCAUGACAGAAUCAGACUUGCUGAAAAAAUGUUGAGAUAUUUCACUCGACGACAGUGGACAUUUGUGCACGAUAAAUUAUUGCAACUGGAAGAACGGUUGAAUGAUACUGAUAAACAGCUUUUUUUGAUAAAUACCAGGCAUAUAGAGGAUUAUCAGAGCUACGUGGAUAAUAUGGCACUAACAAUCAAAGUUCACGUUUUAAAAGAAAAUUUGAAGGACAAUGAUAAAGCGAAAAGAACAUUAAAAAUAAUGUAUGUGGUGGAUAAAAUCACUCAAGUUUUGAGAUACGUUGUUUUAUGGAAAAUCCUCAUGUUCACGUAUAAAUUGUUCUUAGAAUUAUUUUAUCAUUAGAGGGAUACUUUUAUGAAACCCAGUUCAACUAUACGGACAAGGAACAAACAAAUUCAGAUCCUCGGGUUAGUCUCGAAUAUAAAGAUUGUUUUUGUACAAAGAUUUACUCGCCUGUGCUGUUGGUAUUUUCUUGUACAUUUUUUCAAUGUUUAAAUUGAAAUAAAAUUUCAAAUCAGUUGGAAAA